AUGAGUUUCGCAGAGUCUCCGUCUGUUAUUGAUGCUGGUGUAGCUGAAAUGAAGCUCGUGUCAUUGAAGGAGGGAGAUCCUGUCAUUCUUCAGACUGAUGUUCCUCAACUACAAGGAGAUGAGCUGAUAGUGUGGAGGUUUGGAGAUGAAGGAAAACUCAUAGCUAAACAUGAUAUAGAGGCCAAGAGUGUGGUUGGUGAGACGGGUGGAGUGAAGUCAGUAUCAGUGAUGGAGGGAGAUUCUGUCACUCUUCAGAAUGAUGUUACUGAAUUAGAGGAGAAUGAUCUGAUAGUAUGGAGGUUUGGAGAUAAAGACUACCACAGCAAACCCAACGGCAACGAAAAGACGGUGUCAGAGGAGGAAGGGAGAUCUGUCAUUCUAAAGACUAAGACUGUACUACAGAAAGGGGAUGAGAUAAAGUGGUGGUUUGAGGAUCUCAAACUCUUUGAAUUCACAAGAAAAGACCAAAACAAACUGGUGCUGAAUGAGAAGACUGGAGAUCUCAUCAUCAAUAACAUCAGGACCAUUCACUCUGGACUCUACAAACUACAGAUCAGCCGCAAAAACGUAAGAACCGAAUACAUGAGAUUCAUUGUUACUGUCACUGGCGUGUUUGGUGUUGAUGCAGUGAAGUCAGUGUCAGUGAUGGAGGGAGAUUCAGUCACUCUAAACACUGAUGUUACUGAAAUACAGAGAGAUGAUCUGAUAAUGUGGACAUUUGGACUCGUUCUCAUAGCUAAAAUCAAUGGAAAAGACAAUAAGAGAGAGUUUUUUGAUGAGGGAUUUAGAGGCAGACUGCAGCUGGAUCUUCAGACUGGAUCUCUGAUCAUCACAAACACCAGAACCACAGACUCUGGACUUUAUACAGUCACCAGCAGCAGAACAGAGACGCCGCUCAACACAUUCAAUCUUACUGUCUAUGCUCGUCCACCUGUUCCAGUCAUCAGCAGAGACUGUUCAUCAUCUUCAUCACAGCAGAAUUGUUCACUGCUGUGUUCAGUGGUGAAUGUGAGUUAUGUGACUCUCUCCUGGUACAAAGGAAACAGUUUAUUGUCCAGCAUCAGUGUGUCUGAUCUCAGCAUCAGUCUCUCUCUACCUCUGGAGGUGGAAUAUCAGGAUAACAACACCUACAGCUGUGUGCUCAACAAUCUCAUCAGCAACCAGACUCAACACCUGGACAUCAGCGAACUCUGUCACACAUGUCCAGAAGUCUGUAUCUGCUGCUGUGGUUUUACUGAAGCUGUGAUCCGAUUGGCUCUCUCUGCUCUGGUGGGCGUGGCUACUGUUGCUGUGCUGGUUUAUGACAUCAGAUCCAGAUGUCUUCAACAGCAGAAAUCACAAUCAAGUGCUGAUUAA